CUAGUAUGUACUGACUAAGUAUAGGUUUGAUGCUGGACUUCAAAAUGAUGAUUGGGUUAUCCCUUGAGCGGUAUCAUACCAAUGGGAUUGUUGUUCAGCGAAUUGGAAGUUUGUAAUGCAGAGAAAACAAAGGCUAUCAGUGUGAUCGGUGAGCUGGACCUUGUGAUUAUUUAUGUACUCUCCCAAACAGGCAAGAGUUUCAAGUUGCUCAUUCGUUUCUGGGUGUAUUCUUUUGGUCUGGCAAGGGUGCUGGUAAGUCAUCUUCAAAAUAUUGGCCUCGUAUACCUCUACACAGUACAUUACAUCUUGCUAUGGUUGUUCCAAUGGCCAUGGCUACUCAAGAAGUGGUACAUCACCGGGUUUUGUUGUAGCUAAAGUGUUUUUUUGCUAGGGGCUCCACAUGAUCGACCGUGGAUCUUGGAAGAUUGAUUUACAUCAAAGCCGAUAUUUGAUGUCAGUGCAAGCAUAUAUCGACUCAAAAAAAAACUCGAGAACAUCGCAUGAUGCCAGCAAAGACCAUGGUGGUUGCGUUCGAACCAUUAAACUGAUUGGUCAACAACGAAGUAUGUAUCAGCUGAAGG